AUGGCAGAAUUCACUAACCUUUGUUUCUUUCUUCUUAUAGUCCUUUCAUUUGCAGACCACACCUCGCCUACAGAAUAUUCUCCUUCUCCUUACAUGGAUGAAGAAGAGUUGGCUCCAUAUGGAGUAGAGUAUCUCUCACCGGAAUAUUCUCCUUCUCCAUCUCCUUACAUGGACGACGAAGAGUUGGCUCCUUCAUAUGGAGAAGAGUUUCUCUCACCGGAAUAUCCUCCUUCUCCUUCUCCUUACAUGGACGAAGAAGCAUGGGCUCCAGCUUAUGGAGAAGAGUUUCUCUCACCGGAAUAUUCUCCUUCUCCUUCUCCUUACGUUGACGAAGAAGAGUUGGCUCCUGCAUAUGGAGAAGAGUUUCUCUCACCGGAAUAUUCUCCUUCUCCUUCUCCUUACAUGGACGAAGAAGCGUGGGCUCCAUAUGGAGAAGAGUUUCUCUCACCGGAAUAUUCUCCUUCUCCUUCUCCUUCUCCUUCUCCUUACAUGGACGAAGAAGCGUGGGCUCCAUAUGGAGAAGAGUUUCUCUCACCGGAAUAUUCUCCUUCUCCUUCUCCUUCUCCUUACAUGGACGAAGAAGCGUGGGCUCCAUAUGGAGAAGAGUUUCUCUCACCGGAAUAUUCUCCUUCUCCUUCUCCUUAUGUGGACGAAGAAGAGUUGGCUCCAGCAUAUAGCGAAGAGUUUCUCUCACCGGAAUAUUCGCCUUCUCCUUCUCUUUACAUGGACGAAAAAGCGUUGGCGCUUGAAUUUGAAGACAACUCUCUCGCUAAAGCAUAUCCGUCUCCUCCACCCUCUAAGAUUGAGAGCGGUGACUAUUACUCUCAGCUUGAAGCCCCCGCCCUCGCUCCGUCCACGGCAGUUCCAGUGAUGCCCUUCAAUUACAGUGCUGAAGACGAUGCAACGGCGGCAUUUGAACCAGAAUUCGAAGGUUCUUCGGGUAGCAGCGAGGGAAAUAUGACUGGGUUUAUAAUUGCUGUUGUUUGUCUUGUUGGAUUGGGAGGUUUGUUGUACAAGAAGAGGAAGGAUAAGAAGAAAAGCCAAGAGUACAAAGACUAUGACUUGGCUAAGAGAGAGGAGCCCUAA